AUGAUCAGCAUUCUUCAAGCUUUGAAACAGAGAAACUUCUCUGUUCUCUUAGUACGCUCGGACAAGCUCAAGCAUAAGGUCGUUGAUCCAGGAGACAUUGCCACUGAAAAUUUUGACUGGCUUUGGGGAAGCAUCAUGUUUGGUGAUAAGCCUUUCAUCGACCCAAGUGAAACCCGUGUUGGUUCUCUCUAUUGCUAG